AUGAGUUACGGUCGCCCGCCUCCCGACGCGGAGGGCAUGACCUCCCUCAAGGUGGACAACCUGGCCUACCGCACCUCGCCCGACACCCUGAGGCGCGUGUUCCAGAGGCACGGGUGCGUCGGCGACGUGUACGUCCCGCGGGAACGUCACACCAAGGAGUCCCGGGGCUUCGCCUUAGACCGCUUCCACGACAGACACGACGCCGAGGACGCCAUGGACGCCAUGGACGGGGCCGUGCUGGACGGCAGCGAUCUCCGAGCGCAGAUGGCGCGCUACGCCCCCCCCCCCCCCCAAGACAAGCGCCGCAGCCGCCGCGGACGCCCGCCCCGCCGGCACGCGGGCGGUGGCCACGCACAUCGGAGCCGCAGCCGGUCCCGGUCCUGGUCCUGGAGUCGAUCCCGCUACAGCCGCUCCAAGUCCCGCUCUGGCACUCGCUCAAGAUGGCGAUCACCCUCCAAGUUCAGAUCCGCGCGAUGGUGCAAGUCCAAGUCCUCCUCAGUCUCCAGAUCUCGCUCGUGGUCCAGGUCCAGGUCUGGGUCCAGGAGUCCUCCACCCGUGUCCAGGAGGGAAUCCAAGUCCAGGUCGCCAUCCAAGAGUCGCCCCAAGUCUCCUGAAGAGGAAGGAUUGGUGUCCUCUUAA